AUGGACAAUCUAAAGGGGCAAGCCCUUGAGAUCUUCAAUCGCUUGCGCCGCCUUUCCACUCAUCGUCGCUAUCAUAUUCUGCGGCAACAAGAAGAUGCCACGUUCAUCUCACCACCUUCUAGUCCAAGUUCGACUUUGCGCUUCCACUAUCCGCCCAAAUGGGGCUUCAAAUACCUGACAAUAUUUGUCCUGACGGUACUGGUGUGCAUGAUUCUGGUCUUUCGAAAAUCAACGCUGCAAACAUACCAUGAAGAAGAGUCAAUAGCUGAGCCACCAGUGCGAUUUGCUUGGCAGAGAUUCCCUCUUGACAAAGGGUACUACCAAGGCCUGCGGACGAUGUUUGCCAGUGACACCGAAGGUGAUGGACACGGCAUACCUCCCGCUCUGGACUCGGGCUCGGACAAUAUCGGCAAGGUGUAUCCGCAACCAUUCGAAUACAAUCCUUACCGAUCAGCGCAUGCCUCUGAAAGUCUACCUAUCGAAAAGUGUUUCCUCGACAACGAAAACAAGAUCUCUCCACCCCUGAUUCGGGCUUAUCAAAGUGUACCUCACGCUCUACCGGAGCCCAUGCUUGGGUCAUAUGACGUCCUUGGUCUCAACAAAGACGUCUGCUUUGACCGCUACGGCAGGUAUAUGGCCUACGGGCUGGGCUACGAGAUCGAGAGAGGCGGGACUGGUCUGGGAAUGCACGGCGACACCAAUGGCACCGAGCCUUUGUCUCGUAUCGAUUGGCGUAAGGUUGAUCUUGGCCGUGCCCAAACCGCUUGUCAUGAGAAGAAUCAACAUCGCUUUACUAGUGUGUCGAGCUACACGGACGACGCCUUCCAUCAUACGACAGCUUGGCCCAGCAACCCUUCCCCAGCCGUGACGCAAGACACGAAUAACGCGCAAACUCAACGUUAUGUGCCGAGAACCGCCGUUGUCCUUCGCCUGUGGGACGAGUAUCAAUGGACAAAUUACAGUCACCUCUACCUCCGCUCCUUGAUCACCGAACUCAACCUGAACUCCGGCGCCGAAUACGAUAUCCACCUCCUCAUCCAGGUCAAAUCCGGCGCACCCAUCUUCGCAUCCGAUGAGAUCUACAAUCAAGUCAUCGAGCAAACGGUGCCUCCAGAAUACCGGUCCAUGGCGACCCUCUGGACCGAAGACCUGAUGAAGUUGGUCUAUCCCGGCCCUUUCGAACCGCAGUUCAACCGCCCGGGCCGGAUCCACAGUGUAGGACGAAGUAUGCACAUGGCUUUGCAGUGGUUCGCCACGUCUCAUCCGGAGUACGAGUUUUUCUGGAACUGGGAGAUGGAUUUACGCUACGUGGGUCACUGGUACGAGUUGUUCGAUCGAACUUCGCGUUGGGCCGAACAGCAACCGAGGCGGGGUCUGUGGGAGAGGAAUGAUCGAUUCUACAUCCCAGAAGAACACGAGAGCUGGGAGUCGUUUGUAGAGGACACGGCGAUCCGGGCGAAGAAUGGCAGUGGGCAGGAAAUCUAUGGGCCGCAGGUGUUCCCCGGCUGGGACGAGGACGGACGAGCCAGGGUCUUUGGCGGAGACUACCAUGAAACGCUCAACAUCCCACGAACACCAACAUCCACACGAGACAGCAACGACGUCUCCUCUACUUGGGGCAUCUCCGAACCCGCCGACUACAUCACCUUCCUCCCGAUGUUCCAACCCGAGGGAACAUUCUGGAUUUUCCGCGCCGACGUCUCCGGCUACAACACGGCCCUCCCGAUCCCGCCGCGCCGCGCCUCCAUCGUCACGGCGGCCCGCUUCUCCCACCGCCUCCUGACAGUCAUGCACAAGGAAACCGCCGUGGGCCGACACUCGAUGUGCGGUGAAAUGUUUCCUGCCUCGAUGGCCCUGCAUCACGGCCUCAAAGCCGUCUUCGCCCCGCACCCGGUCUACUUCAACCGCCGCUGGAGUCCGCCCGAGUACAUUGACGAGAUCUUCAACAGCGACCCGACCACGGGGCAGAGUGGGGGUAACGGCGAGAGCGUGUUCAGCGAGAUCCCGCAGCAUAAUUUCAGGGGUGGGACGUAUUACUAUGACUCUGGGUUCGCGGGACGGCUGUGGCGAAGGUGGUUGGGGUAUCGCGUCGAUGGGGAGGGAGGGGCGGAGUGGGAGGGAGAUAGGGGGAGGAUGUGUUUGAGGAGUGUGUUGCUGCAUCCCGUUAAGAGUGAGGAAGGGGAUGUUGGGUAG